AUGUCUUCCAUCGCCGAGUCAGUCACCGCGGCCGCCCCACGCGUGCCUAUACCCGCAAACGGAGUCGACUAUCGCGGAAAAAUCGUCCUAGCCCCGAUGGUGCGCUCCGGCGAAUUACCCUCGCGCCUGCUUGCUCUCAAAUACGGUGCUGACCUCGUCUGGGGCCCUGAGACCAUCGACCGUGCUAUAAUUGGCUGCCAGCGCCAAGUUAACCCCCGAAACGGCUGUGUCGAAUUCUCCCGCAUGCCCUCCAACGGUGGCCGUCCUGAUAUCGUCUCGAAGGAAUCGGUCAUCUAUCGCCUUGACCCCGUACGCGAAAAGGGUCGCCUCAUCUACCAGAUGGGCACGGCGAGCCCGGAGCUAGCUGUGCAGGCUGCCAAGAUUGUCGCCGCCGACGUGUCAGGCAUCGAUGUUAAUUCCGGCUGCCCCAAGCCGUUCAGCACCAGCGGCGGUAUGGGCGCUGCGCUGCUGCGCACUCCCGACAAGCUCGUCUCUAUCCUAGAAGCGCUGGUCCGCGAAGUCGGAGAGCCUUUCCAGAUCGGUAUUUCUGUCAAGAUCCGUAUUCUCGAGUCCCCCGAGGCCACUGAGGCUCUCGUCUCUCGACUCGUUCGCACUGGUAUCACAGGUCUGACGGUGCACUGCCGCACGACGCCCAUGCGCCCCCGCGAGCGCGCAAUCCGACACCAGCUCCGCAUGGUCGCAGACGUGUGCCACAAAGCCGGCGUCGCUUGUAUCAUGAACGGCGACGUGACCUCUCGUGACCACGGCCUGGCCCUGAUGGAAGAGUUCGGCGUCGACGGCGCCAUGAUCGCCACUUCAGCCGAGUCUAACUCGUCAUGCUUCCGCUCCGAGGCCGACGGAGGACUUGCGCCAUGGCGCGAUGUCGUUCACGAGUACCUUCGUUUCUGCAUUGAGAGCGAGAACCGUCUUGGAAAUACCAAGUAUCUGCUCAAUAUGCUCAUUCCCGGCAAAAACGAGGAGUUUAAGCAAGCCAAGCUGUCUCGAACCUACACUGAUUCUUGCCGUCGACUGAAAUUCGAUGACCUGGUUUCCCAGGCUAUCCUGCUUGAUGAGCUUCUCGACCUCGACCACAAGUGGGAGCUUGGUCCCCCCGAGGGCCACCCGCGCUCCAAGGCCGUUCAAAAUGUCAUGGCGAAUAAUGAGUCUGCCAAGGCUGCUGGCGGCGAUGGCACCAGAUCCAAGGCGACUUCGUCUGUUGCGCACAAAGGAGGUCCCAUUCGCACCUCGUCAUUUCCCGCACCAGUAAAGGCCGAGCCGGAGCAGGCUGCUGUUGAUCCUUCAAUUCCAGCCCCAAUGGCCCAGAAGUCUGAGGUCGCGGUUUGA